CAGAACACAGGAACCAGGAGCGUCCAACUCAGACUGGAGGCAACAAGUGAGCAGAGACCAAGGGAACCGUUUCUUCUGUCGAUGAGCUGAUGUGAAGACUGGGGACGAGCGACAUAGGCUUAGACACAAAGAGAGAGAGAGGGAGCAGCUGGGAGGACGGAGAGCUCCAGUGAAGAGGAGGAAGGAGGACGAGCAUGAAGACGCAGCUGAGGAUCUGAAAACUGGUUGCCAUGGGAAACACGGACAGUCAUAGCAGCUUCAUCUCUCCAGUCAAACCCAGUGGGUCUCUCAGGUUCCCUUCCACGAAGGAAGAGGUACCGUCCGCCCGCAGCUGGUGGAGGAGCAGCCAAAGCAGCGGGGGAAGUCGGGGCCGGGGCUACCAGAACCAGCAUGGCUCCUGGCGUUAUGAGUCUGCACCCAAAGGAGUCUCCAGACAGAACAUAGCACCCUCUCAGAGGUUCACCCAGCAUGAUCGGUCCCAGGGCGGCCUCACGUUUGGAUUUCAGGGAAGUGAUGGUGAUCAGGCGGCACUGCAGUGUGGCGGCAGCCCUAAAGUUCUGCUCAGUAAAGAUGGGAGCAUGAGGGUGGAGUUCACUAAGGCCGGGGUGGUUCCUGUUGAGCCACAGGGGCAACCUCUCUCCACCAUUAACCAAGAGCCAAACCACCGCACCAGCAAAGGCAGUUCGCUCAGUUCUGACGGCUCCUGGUACGACUCGCCAUGGGGCGCCGCCAGUGAGCUGACGGAUAACGUGUUUGUCUGUGGACAGAGUGUCGACGCCAGCAGUGGCUACAACACCUGCUCUUCCACUCAGGUGGAUGACAUCUCACCUGGAUUUGGCUCCGCCCUCCUGUUCCCUACGGUAGAGAACCCCAAAGGCCACAACAGCUGCUCCUCUGGCCGCACUGAGGACAGCGGCAUCGGAGACUCCGUGAUCCUUCAGCCAGAGCUCCAAGACCUGGGCCUAGUUUCACCGUCUGACUUCCACACCAGACACAACACACUUCCAGCCUUCCCCACUUCUUCAGACUCUUUCCUGCAGGAGCAACCAGUAACCACAAGCAACUCCUCAGUGAUUAAGAGCGUCAUCCAGGAGGAGGCAUCAUUCGUUGGAGGCUUAGAGACGCGGUACUUCUCCCACACGCUGCCAACCCUUAAAGCUGAGCCCGUGAGCGCCAGCAUUUCUGGAAACAACCGAAAAGACUUCCUGAAAAGUCGAAUCAGGCAGCUGAGCGACUGGACGGGCAGUUUGAGCCGGAAAAAGCGGAGGAUCCAGGAGCCAAACGGCAGCGAAACCUCUGAGGCCUGCAUCAACAUACUGAACGGCAGCGCUCACUGGUCUUCUAACCCUCUCCUCCAACUGAACCAGAACCAGCUCCCUCCGGUCCACUGGGACUUCUCCGGGAGCCUGAAUCAGAACCAGAGCAGCGAUGCCCAGCGACAGAACGUCUACAGGAACUUCAUGCAGGAGCUGGAGACGGGCUGCAGCAGCACGGCCGACCGCACCGAACCGUCAGAAGACGAGGAUGAUGGAGAGGAGGAGAUGGACGAGGAAGCGGGAGGAGAGCUGGAGGUGAUGUUGGAGAAAGAUGAGGGAGUGGUGCGGCGAGCAGGUUGGCUCAACUUUAAAGCUCUGAUCACCGUCAAAAAGGACAGGAAGCUGGAGCUCGUCUCCAGGCGGCGGUGGAGGCGCUACUGGGUCACACUGAAAGGCUGCAGUCUGCUGUUUUAUGCCACGUUUGGGCGGAGCAGCAGCGGCACAGAGCAGGAGCUGUCCCCCCGGUAUGCCCUGCUGGCGGAUGACAGCAUGGUCCAGGCCGUCCCCGAGCAUCCUCGCAGGGAGCACGUCUUCUGUCUGAGCAACUCCCACGGAGACGUCUACAUGUUCCAGGCCACCAACCAGACGGACCUGGAGAACUGGGUCACUGCCAUCCACUCGGCCAGCGCCGCCCUGCUGGCCAGACGUCAGGGGAGGGAGGACACCCUGUGGCUGCUGCGCUGCCAGAGCCGCUCGCUGCUCCACAAGAUCGACAUGGACGGGAAGAUGAAGAAGAUGGCCGAGCUGCAGCUGUCCAUCAUCAAGGACCAGAAGAACCGGAGGGCCGUGGAGAGCCAGAUCCAGCAGUGGGAGCAGAACCUGGAGAAGCUGAACCUGGAUCUGUUCCGGCUCAGGUGUUACCUCUCCAGCCUGCAGGGCUCCGAGCUCCCCAACCCAAAGAGCCUUCUGGCCGUGGCCGGCCGUCCCACCAAGACCACGCUGGCUCGGCUGGGAAUCUUCUCCGUGUCGUCCUUCCACGCUCUGGUGUGCAGUCGUGAAGAAGGGACGCUGCUAAGGCGCUGCAGGUCGGUUUCAGGUGAAUCAGGGUGGAGGAGAGGCUUACCGUCGUCCCUGAGGGCUCUAUCCAGACCCAGCCAUGAUGGGAAACACUCAGACCACCAGAUUCUCCAUCAUCAAGUCUCUGCUCCGUCCGUUCAGAUGCUUCCUGCUGUCUGCUGGUCAGAGACUGUGACUUGUGUGUCCAAACAAAGAGGUGUGAUGCCCCCUGCAGGACAUGUGGCAGAACCGCAGCUGAGUGAGGAGACACAUCCUUCAACCGUUGGGAUCUUCACCCUGAACAUCUGCCGGUCCAACACAGACCAGGACUUUGGUUUUGCAGUGACGGGGCACGUAGACGGAGCGGGAAAAAGCCACGUGUUCGUCAGUGAAGUCGACCCGCUGGGAUUAUCAGCCAGAGAAGGCCUCCAGGCCGGAGACGAGGUCCUGGCAGUGAACGGGUCGGUGGUCUCUGGACUGGACCUGGACCUCCUCCAAACCCUCUUCAAACACCAGAACCUCCAGCUGGUGCUGAGCAGAGACGAGCCACCAGACCUCGAGGAGCCCACCGUCGUUUGGCCUGACCCCAAUGACCCCACAGACCUCUGGGUCAAACAGUCGGUUCCCACCGAACCGCACAACUGGACCGCAGAUGCCCCGCCCCCUGCUGGUGCUGAAACGUCGCAGACACAGGAAUCACCUGAGCAGAACACGGAUCGGGUCUUCUCUCUGUACCAGACCUUCCCAGAGAGCAGAAGGUCAGACGUCGACGUCCCCAAAAACCCGUACAGCAGGGAGGGCAGUGUGCAGCCACCGAGCCCCGGCCACCUCAGCGUGUGUCAGCGCCUGCGGAAAGUCAUCCAGGAACUGGUCGACACGGAGAAAUCCUACGUCAAGGAUCUGGUUUGCCUGUUCGACAUCUACUUGACGCCGCUGCAGAGCGAGACUUUCCUCAGUAAAGACGAGAUGGAGGCAUUGUUUGGUAGCCUGCCAGAGAUGUUGGACUUCCAGAGAGUUUUUCUCCAAACACUGGAGGAAAGAAUCGCUGCCUGUCCGGACCUCAGCAGUUUGGAAACUCCAGAACAGUUCAAGAUGCUCCUCUUCUCAUUGGGUGGAUCUUUCCUCUAUUACGCCGACCACUUUAAGCUGUACAGCGGCUUCUGUGCCAACCAUAUCAAAGUCCAGAAAGUUCUGGAAAGAGCCAAAACAGAUGCAGCCUUCAAGCACUUCCUGGAAACAAGGAAUCCCACCAAUCAGCACUCGUCUUCCCUGGAGUCAUACCUGAUAAAACCGGUUCAGAGAGUCCUGAAGUACCCAUUGCUGCUGAAAGAGCUGGUGUCCCUGACUGAUACUGAGAGCCCUGAACACACACACCUAACAGAGGCGCUGAAAGCGAUGGAGAAGGUAGCGAGCCACAUCAAUGAGAUGCAGAAGAUCUACGAGGAUUACGGCUGUGUGUUUGACCAGCUGGUAGCGGAGCACAGUGGAGCUGACAAACAGGUAACGGAGAUCUCCAUGGGAGAGUUUCUGGUCCACUCCUCAGUGGUCUGGUUGAACCCUAUGCCAUGUCUGCGACGUCUGAGGAAGGAGCCUCAGCUAACGUUGUUUGUGUUCAAACGAGCCGUCAUCCUGGUCCAUCGGGAGAACAAGCUGAAGAAAAGGAUGACGAGCUCCCGUUCAGCAGAUCUAGACCCCUUCAGGUUCCGCUGGUUAAUCCCAGUUUCGGCUCUUCAUAUCCGACCGGCAAACAUCCCGGGCUCAGAGGAUCCGUGUGUGUGGGAGCUGGUUCACUGCAGGUCGGAGGUGGAGGGUCGACCUGAGACGGUCUUUCAGCUGUGUAACAGUAAUUUGGAGACCAAAGCUGCUUUGCUACGAGCUUUGAGCCCCCUCCUCAAAGACCGAGCUCCUGGUGGCUCUCUGAGGGGAAGCAAGCAGUCUACCGUCGAGAGAAGCAGCACCUGGAGGAGGAGGCACCGGCAAGGCCGCUCAGACCUCCAGAUAACAGCUCCAGAAAAGAGCUGCAGACCAAACGGCAUCCUGGGAGAAACCUGCUCGGAGCCUCUGCUGCCAAGCCACGAAGGGUCCUCUGAGAUGAGACCAAGGCUUUGCUCCCUGACGGGAGAGCUAGAGGCUCAGCUGCAGAGACUCAACUUUUCCGACGAGGCUCAAGUAACGCCGCAUCCCGGGGAUGAUGAGAAGAGUCGUAGCUGUAGUCUUCGACGGGCUCCUGGCGUGGAAGGAAUGGACUUUAGCAGCCUUGUGGGGAGAGACUUCAGCGUUCAGAGCAUGACCUCCAUGAUUAACGAGGACUGCUUCUACGACUCGGUGCUGGAGAUCCACACAGACAACAUAAACCUGCUGACAUGAGUCUGAAGCCCUGGUGGUGGAAGUGACUUCGACCUUCUAACAGGUCCAGCUACAACACCUUCAUGUUUUUAGGGUUUCUGCAUCCCUGCUGACUGGUUGCACCACGGACUCUGGAGAAUUCCUCCAAUUGGUUUGAACAGAAACCAUCAGAUGUUUCCAAAUGUUGGACCUCAACGUGGUCCUAAAUGCUCAGAAUUUUCCCACGACUGGUUUAUUUUUUUUUAUUUUUUUUUUUUAUUUUCUUGAAAUUAGCUUCAUAUGAAGUUGAGAGCGGAUUUAAACAAAAAAAAAUCGACAGAUAGAAAAAGCAUCAGGUUUUAUUGGCCAGGAGAAACGAUUAGAAAUACAUUGGUAAAUGGCAUUUACUUAUAGCGCUUUUUCAAAUCAGAGGACUUGACCAGAGGGCUUUACAGUUAUUCACAAUUCAGUCAUUCACUACGAUGUAGCUUGCACUGAUGGUGGUGAGCUACAUCGUAGCCACAGCUGCCUUGGGGCUCACUGCCAGAAGCGAGGCUGCCGUACACUCGCGCCACCACUCGCUCUGACCACCAUCAGUAGGCAAUGCAUGUGAAGUGUCUGGCCCAAGCACAGUACAACACUGAAAGGCGGAGCCAGGCCUUGAACCGACAACCCUCCAAUUGCCGGGCAAACUCCAUCCAACGCCACUGUAGCCCCACAUUAAACAUUUUACUCAACAUUCUUAUGGAUCUUCAGCUUUGGUAGUUUUGGUAGUUUCUCAUCCAAUAAUUUGGUUUUGUUCAGGUACAGUGGAGGAUUUUCGCGAAUUUUUGAAAAGACACGCCCUCCUUACUUUAAAAAAAUAUGCACAUGCACAACUCUGUACCCGUCGCCCAUUUCUCCUCGUGCAUGCUAGGGUGACGAGACGUCCUCUUUUUCCCGGACAUGUCCUAAUUAUCAUACCUAAAAAAAAAUGGCCGGGGGGAAUUUCCAAAUCGACUGCGGCUUUGGUCGACUAAAGUGCUACAGAACUGAGCUGUGAGCUCUAGGGGCUGGUCCGGGAACUCCGGCGGACAGAGGGGAACCAGUGGGUAUUCUCGCUGGAAGAACAACCGAACCCGACCGGGUCAAGUUUGGUCGUUCCAUCUCCGGCUGGCUCUGGAGCCGGACCAGCCCCGGAGCUGAUGGCUCGGUUCAAAUGCCCGGUCCGGUCCAGUCAGCGGCCCAGCAGCACCCCCUGCCUGUUACAUAUUUGCAUUACUUAAAUAUGUAACAGGUCCAAGGCAGAGUACCUGCACACAAAUAAGGUUCCUGGAGAGCCAGGCGAGCGGUUGUUUCUGUUUAGAACAGCUUUGCUCAGAAGAAUGAGGAAGUAAAAAAAGAUUUCGCUCUAAAGAGGCGCCCAAGAUGGGAAACAACUCGUCACACUGCCCCCUGCUGGUAACAUUGCAUAAGUACUUUGUUCAAAGAAAGAGACAAUUUUUAAGCUUUUUAACCACAACACAUUUCUUCCACAUAAAUAUAAUUUUCCAAAAUAAAACAAAAUUACAUAAGAUGUGACCUUACAUUUCAUGAGCAUCACACAUAGAAGCUAACUUUCCAAAAAUGCAUUUUUACCACUAUGUCAGACUCACCACUGGUAAGUAAAAAUGGGGAUGAUCAUGUAGGACGGCCUUACAUAAACAUAUCACCAGAGAGAUUGACAAUUAGGAGGACCACUUAUUUUCAUGAUCCACCCAUAAAAAGAACAUCCUCCAGCAUACCCUUAAGUUCAUAUUUUAAACCUUGGCGCUGAAGUUCUGAUUGGAUUCAACACAGAAAUUUAUUUAUUUAUUUUUUUAAUCAAUAAAAAAACUAAACCAUGUUUAUCUGUUAAAUUAAUUGGCUUUAGCUUCAAUUUAAAAAUUUAAAAAGCAAGUUUCACUUCCUGUUGGAAGAAAUUUAUUUAGUCCUUAAAAAAACAAGCUUAAGCUCAUAAAGUAAUAAUCAUAAUGAUAAUAAAAAGUUCAGAGUAUCUGUUGUGAAAUAUUGAAUUAUAUCUUUGAGUGGUUUCCAUUAAAAAUUAUUUAUUUACAAAUAUUUAUAUAGUUUUGUCAGAAAAGGGCACUGAUUCUGUAAAAAUAUAUUAAGGGUAAUUAUUUGCUAAUAUUUAGGACUUUAAAGACCAAAUUAUUAAAAUUAAUUCACUGAGUUUUGGCCGUAGAGCAGGACCUUUGUGAUCUAACAACAAUAAAAUGACUGCAAUUAAUUAUUUAUUCAUGUUUAUUUGUUUUCCUUAUUAAUAUUAUGAUAUAUGCACUUUAUAGAAACAUCACAAACAUCAUGUUUGAUAAGCAUAUAAACCAGAAUUAGAAGACAGAUCUAUUUUGUCUCAAACAAAAACUGGAAAAUACUUUAGCAUUUCUUUUAUUUCAGGAUAUUUUAUUUAUUUUUUUAUUCAGGAAGGAUAAAAAAUGCUUCAAGUCAGACAUGUUAAUGAAAAUCUAAAGCAAACUCAUCAAUGUUAUACUGUAGCAGGAAACCAAGUAAAGUUGUACUGGAUCCCAGAAAGCUUUGAUUUUCAUUCAUUUUCUGGUGACUUAUAUGUUAAUGGUAUUUACCAUUUACUCAGAUGAU